AUGGCUAGGGUUUCGGUUUCUCUAUCUUUUGAGUCAUUUGAUUGCUGUUUACGCUUGAAUUGAAUUUGAUUUUGGGAAUUUCGCUUUUGUUACUUGAACAUGCUCACUCUGUGAUUCGUUCUUAGGGCUGUGAACUUGGAAUCAUAUAGUUUUAGUUCAAUUUUGAAACUGGAGGUAGGGUAUAGAGGAACCUGAUAGAAUUAUUUAGCAUGAACUGUAGAAUUUCCAUGUGACCAUAUGCAGCUAGUGAUGGAACCUGAUCUUAGGGUUUAUGUGUUACUAUUCAUGGACUCGAGUGGGUGAUUGUUUCUGCGGCUUUAGAAAAUUGGAGUCAUAAUUUUAGUUCAGUUUUGAGUUGGCAUAUUUAGGAAGGUGAUAAAAGUGUUGAAUGAACCAUUGAAUCCCUAUUUAUAAACUAACCAUACAUAGACUUGGCUUAACUAUAGAAUGUACCAAGUUUGACUUUGAACAACUAGUGAUGGAAACUGGGUUGUAUAUGAUAUGUACAUUAUUGUUGUAGAUGUGAGUUCAACUAACAAAGCUGUCCGACUUGAAUUAGAAAACUUCUAAGCUGUGGUUUUUAUAAGCUCGCUGUGGAAGAGCUGGACAUUUAUGGUAAUUCAAACCUAUGUUUGACAUAAAUGUAAUACAUGACAAGUCAUUAGUUAUCCUAAAUUCACUCAGAAGCUUGCAGGCAGUGAUCACCUCCGCGAUGCUGAACUGUUGCUUGUUGACAAGUGAUAUACUGAGCCAACUGUCUGUCUCCUCCCGUACUCAAAUAUAGGAGAGGAAUAAUCCUCAGACAUCUUGGAGCUGGAAUCAUGCUCCAUUUUAUUGGAGCGAUCAUACUGGCGCAACGUCUAUAGUCGAUGUUGACCCCUUUUAUUAUCAUUAUGUUAUUAUUACAAUUGCUAUAAUACAGAAAUUAAUCACUUAAAUCUUAUAUGUGGUCGAUAAUGCAUAGAUAGUUUUUCCUUUUUGUUUGAUAGUCCAUAAAGUUAAAAUCUUUCAUAGACGUGUCAAUAACUAGAGAAAAAGGAAACACGUGUGCUGGUCAAUGAAAUUAAGAUAAAUAAUCCCGACGUUGCCAAUGCAAUCCCAAAAAGAGGAUCCCCAAUUCUAUCACACAGAAACCUUCAUGGCUGAGAAACAACUGAUCAUCGCUGUUGAAGGCACAGCGGCAAUGGGCCCCUUCUGGAAACCCAUUGUUGUAGAUUAUUUAGACAAGAUUGUGAGGUCUUUCUCUGGAAACGAGUUAAGUGGUCAGAAGCCCUCCACUUCUAUUGUUGAGAUGUCUUUGGUCACAUUCAAUACUCAUGGAUCUUAUUCCGGUUGCUUGGUACAACGGAGUGGUUGGACAAGAGAUGUUGAUCGUUUCUUACAAUGGCUGUCAGCUAUUCCCUUAGCAGGUGGUGGUUUUAGUGAUGCUGCAAUUGCAGAAGGGCUUUCUGAAGCCCUAAUGAUGUUCCCUACUGUUCAAAAUGGAAGCCAAAAUCAACAAAAUGUGGAUUUUCAAAAGCAUUGCAUUCUUGUUGCUGCUAGUAACCCUCAUCCCCUGCCCACUCCAGUCUAUAGACCACAAAUUCAAAAUGUGGAGAAGAGUGAAAAUAUUGAUGCACAAACCGAAAGCCGUCUGUAUGAUGCUGAGGCUGUUGCUAAAUCAUUUGCACAGUGCCUUGUUUCUCUGUCAGUCAUCUGUCCGAAACAGCUUCCUAAACUCAGAGCCAUUUACAAUGCGGGAAAGCGCAACCCCCGGGCGGCAGAUCCACCGAUUGAUAAUGUGAAAAACCCCCACUUUCUCGUUCUAAUCUCAGAGAAUUUUAUGGAGGCCCGGGCUACUUUAAGUCGUCCCGGAAGUACAACUUUGCCCUCAAAUCCGAGUACUGUAAAGAUGGACAUAGCUCCUGUUGCAUCAGUGACAGGGCCACCUCCAACUUCUAUGCCAUCCGUGAAUGGAUCUGUUAUGAAUCGGCCAUCAGUUUCUGUUAACAAUGUGCCUCCUGCGACAGUGAAAGUGGAGCCAACCACUGUAAGUUCAAUGGUAGCUGGACCUGCUUUUGCACAUGUUCGUCCUCCUUCCCAAGGAGUUCCAACCUUGCAAACUUCUUCACCAUCUUCUGGUGAGAUGAUUACAAACAAUGAGAGUGUGCCAGAUUUGAAACCUAUAGUGAGUAAUGUGACACAUCAACUACGUCCUGUGGGUAGCAUCCUCAAUAAUAUCUCUCAAGCACGCGUGAUGAAUUCUGCGGCCUUAUCUGGAGGAUCUUCUAUAGGUCUCCAAAACAUGGGUCAAAAUCCUAUGGCCAUGCAUGUAUCAAACAUGAUAUCGAGUGGAAUGGCAUCUUCGGUGGCUGCUGCUCAAAAUGUAUUUUCAUCUUCAGGGCCUCACACUCUUGCACAGGUUGCUCAGAGCACAGGUCUUGGUUCAUUUACUUCAGGUACUUCCAAUGUGUCUGGAAAUUCUAACCUUGGGAUGUCGCAACCAAUGAGUAACCUCCAAGGUGGUGUUAGCAUCGGCCAAUCUGUUCCUGGCAUGAGUCAAGGAAAUCUCUCAGGACCCCAGAUGGUUCAAAGUGGCAUUGGAAUGACUCCAAACAUGAUGAGUGGCCUUGGUUCAUCAGGUACCUCCUCUGGAACUGGGACAAUGAUUCCCACUCCAGGCAUGUCUCAACAGGCACAAUCUGGGAUGCAGUCACUUGGUGCAAACAAUAGUUCAGUUUCUAAUGUGCCGUUGUCACAACAGACGUCAAGUGCUCUGCAGUCUGCACAAUCCAAAUAUGUGAAAGUGUGGGAGGGAAACUUAUCUGGGCAGAGACAAGGGCAACCUGUGUUUAUUACUAGAUUGGAGGGAUACAGAAGUGCUACAGCAUCUGAGACGCUUGCAGCAAACUGGCCACCGACAAUGCAAAUAGUCAGGCUCAUAUCUCAGGAUCACAUGAAUAACAAGCAAUAUGUGGGAAGGGCAGACUUUCUAGUAUUUCGGGCAAUGAAUCAGCAUGGAUUUCUUGGGCAGUUGCAAGAAAAGAAGCUUUGUGCUGUCAUCCAAUUGCCGUCUCAGACACUACUGCUCUCUGUUUCGGACAAAGCUUGCCGCUUGAUUGGAAUGCUUUUCCCAGGGGAUAUGGUUGUGUUUAAGCCACAAGUAGGCGGUCAGCAGCAGCAGAUGCAACAAAUGCAACAACAGCAGCCGCAGCUACAACAGAUGCAGCAACAGCAGCCGCAGCUCCAGCAACAACAGCAACCGCAACUGCAGCAGCAUCCGCAAAUGCAACAACAGCAACAGCAACCGCAACUGCAGCAGCAGCAGCAUCCGCAGAUGCAACAACAGCAGCAGCAUCCACAGAUGCAACAACAGCAGCAUCCACAGAUGCAACAGCAGCAGCAGCAGCAGCAGCAGCUUCCGCAGAUGCAACAACAGCAGCAACAUCCUCAGAUGCAACAGCAGCAGCUCUCGCAGCUCCAGUCACAACAGCAAAUUCCACAACUGCAGCAACUGCAGCAACAACACCAACAGCAACAGUUGGUUGGGGGUGGAAUGGGUCAAGCUUAUGGUCAAGGCCGGUCACAAUUACUUUCGCAAGGACAAGUUUCAUCACAACAAGGGCCUAAUAUGCCAGGAGGAGGCUUUAUGGGUUAACAACAGUGUUGCUUGUUAGUAGUAGUAGUAGUAGUAGACUGGCAUAUUUAUAUAUUAAUUUUAUGGAUCACAGUUUUAUCUAUUAAUUUCGGAGACCUAUUAGCAAACAGUUUUAUGGAUCACAGUUUUAUCUAAACAAGUUUCAUAUAUUUAUAUAUUUAGCAUUAGCAAACAUGCUGGUGUUCAAUGCCUUGAUCAA